AUGCCUUCCGACCCCGGCACCAUGCUUUCAAUCCAGCAACUGCGAGUACCGUCGACUACGGCAGGCUUUCGGGGUCUCCCUUCUCUCGUUGAGCCACGAUCGCCACAUUAUAUGAUAGAUUUUACGGGAUUCUCUACGGAUGAUGCUACGGCGGAUAUCUCACUCAAUUGGGCCGCCCAGGCAGAGCAAGAGGCCAGGCAAGCGGACGCGGCAUCUGUCCUAUCAACGGCCUAUAUGUCCCUGUUCAAUACCACUCAUUUCUCGCCGGCUGAAGUGCUGCACAAAACCUACGGGUCGGCGGCCCCGACUUUGAAGGAUCUGAAAGCUAGAUUUGAUCCUGAGAAUAUGUUCAAUUUGGCCCUGCCGUCACUUCAAUGGACGGCAGAUAGCUAG